AAAACCCCACCACCUCCAACCCUGCCCCCGCCCCCCUCCCGGAACCCAGGCUGUACACACGUGUAUGGGUACGUGUUGGGGCACGUGCAUGAAAAUGCCCUGGAACAUCUCCCAUCACAGCAGGUGAGCUUGAGCACGGCAGGUCUACCGGCAUCUCCGGCCUGAAGGCUGGGGUAGAAGGCCGUGCUGCCCGCCCCCUCUGCAUGACCCACUCCCCUCCAAGCAGACCUGGAUUUCCGCCUUGAAGCAGUGGGGACCAGGGUGGGCCUUUCACCAGGAGGGGCUUCUGGAGAUGUGGGGAAGGAGCUCCAGCCUGGCUGAAUACGGGUGGGAGCUGGGUCUGCCCUGCAGGUGCUGGGCACAGGAGAGCAGCUGAUGGUCCCUGUGGAUGUCCUAGAAGUGGAUAGCAAGGGGGCCCUGUGGAAGUUUCUGCUCUCAGGAGCCAUGGCUGGGGCGGUGUCCCGCACUGGCACGGCCCCUCUGGACCGAGCCAAGGUGUAUAUGCAGGUCUACUCCUCCAAGACUAACUUCAUGAACCUGCUGGGGGGGCUCCGAAGCAUGGUCCAGGAGCGGGGCUUCCGCUCCCUGUGGCGGGGCAAUGGCACCAACGUCCUCAAGAUUGCCCCUGGGUACGCCAUCAAGUUCUCCGUCUGCGAACAGUGUAAGAAUUACUUCUAGGUGCACGGAUCCCUACCCUUACAGGAACGUCUCCUUGCUGGCUCCCUAGCUGUGGCCAUCUCCCAGACGCUCAUCAACCCCAUGGAGGUGCUGAAGACACGGCUGACCCUGCGCCGGACGGGCCAGUACAAGAGGCUGCUGGACUGUGCAAGGCAGAUCCUGAAGCGGGAGGGCACCCGCGCCCUGUACCGCGGCUACCUGCCCAACAUGCUUGGCAUCAUUCCCUAUGCCUGCACGGACCUGGCCGUCUAUGAGAUACUCAUGUGCUUCUGGUUGAAGUCAGGCAGGACCACGGAGGAUCCCAGUGGCCUGGUCAGUCUGUCAUCUGUGACGCUGUCCACGACCUGUGGCCAGAUGGCCAGUUACCUGCUGACAUUGGUGCGCACCAGGAUGCAGGCCCAAGGUCAGACUAGCCCCAAUGGCCACCGUGCAUGCUCCUCCCCUCAGCCUUGACUGAACUUUCUCGUCCCCCAAAAGUGACCCCCAAACUGACCUCUAAACCUACCAAGACUCACCCCUAAAUCUGACCCCAACCCCAAAAUUAACCCUACAAACCACUGAAAUGAACAUCUCCCAACUGACCCCCACAAACACCCC